UGUCCACGUCAGGUCAUUCCUUAAGUAUGUAGCCCCUAUAAUCCUCUCAAGCGUUCCUAAAAAUUCGCCUCUCGGUCUCUCUCUCUCGCUUAGGGUUCCUUACCGAAUCGAAUCGAAUCUGUAUCAGGAAGUGUUUGUUCCUAGAGAAUCCGAGAAGCUUUAGUUCUUCCAUCGGCUUCUCGGGCUUCUGGAUGGUAGUUUCAUCCUGUUGGACACAAUUUAACGGGUACAUUUAGUCGCCUGUGAACUUUUAAGUUUUCAGAAAUAUCAAUAUUAACAAACGAAGGUGGGGGGCACUGAAGGAAGACUUCAAAUCUAUUACCCCAAGAUUUCCCAAAUGUCAAUAUGGUAACCAACCUUAAGGAGAAGGUCCAGGAGGAUGCCAGUGAUGGCAAUGAUGUAGCUGAGGAUGUGGAUUUAGGCGGAGUUUUCUUUACUUCUGCUACUUUUUGGAGGUGCCUGACUUCUUCUCAAGAUUUUUCAACAUGCCAAAGGAGAGGAGAGACCGUUCAAUGUCUCGUGAUGUGUACAGGGCAUCUCCGUUUUCAUGCAGUUCUAGUUGUGCUAGACGAUCUUCACCAAGAAUUCCUUUAGAAACGAAGGAAAACUUAAAGGAAUGGGAAGAAGCUAGGUGCCCUGUCUGCAUGGAACAUCCUCACAAUGCAGUUCUGCUAAUCUGCUCAUCACGUGAGAAGGGAUGCCGACCAUACAUGUGUGAUACUAGCUACCGCCACUCAAACUGUCUUGAUCAGUUCCGAAAGUCAUUUUUAGAAACCUCGUCAACAAUGACAGGACCUGAUGACACUCAACUUACUGCCCGCUUGUCUCCUAAUGAAACAUCAGAAUUAACAGUUACUGAGGUGCAAGAAGAAAGAAGUGAGGAAGUGCACCCCCCUUUGCAUCCCAUCUCUUGUGAGAAUCAGGAGCAACCAAAGUUAGUGUGCCCCCUAUGUCGUGGACAGAUACAAGAAUGGAUUGUUGUUGAGCCUGCUCGUCGUUUCAUGAAUGCGAAAUUAAGGAGCUGCUCCUGUGAGACAUGUACUUUCACUGGCACCUAUACAGAUCUCAGGAAGCAUGCUAGGCUUGAGCACCCCCUUGUGCGCCCAUCAGAGGCUGACCCAGAGCGUCAGCGUAAUUGGAGGAGGUUGGAGCGACAGAGGGACCUUGGAGACUUGCUCAGCACACUUCAAUCUUCAUUUGGAGAGGAGAGGGGUGAUGACAACAUUUUGCCCAUUGAUGAUGGGGGUUGGCUGACUGUAUUCUUUCUUAUUCGGGUUUUUCGACCUGGGUCUAGUCCAAGAAGCGGCAGCUGGUCUGGUACCUCGAGAACCAGAGCACAAAUGAGCAUUAGAAGGAGAUCUAGUAGACUUUGGGGGGAGAGCUAUGAUGGAGAAACUGGAUCUUCUUCCCGAGACGAGGACAAUGACUCAUCUGAUGGUGGCUCAGUUCCUUGGAGGCGCCGAUUGUGGCGGAGGACAACUCCAGAUGAGGAGCCAUAAUUGCAGAACUUUGUGGGCACUGUUUCAUUGUUUUUGUUUCAAGGUGGACAGAAGGGAAGAAGAGUUGGAUGCAUCGGAGUUCUGUUCCACUGGACGUGGGACAGUUUUGUUGAUUAAAGUUGCUGGAAUGUUACUAAAAGAAAUUGUAAUCUAUAGAAAAGCUUUUAAUUGAAUCACAUUUCUUUCCCUAGAAUCUUUCCUUCAUUUUGCCUUUUGCUGCAAUUAUAUCAAAGUCUCUUUGAACAAUGAAGCUUGUAAUAAAUAUUUUCAUUCUUGGCAGUACUUGGGCUGCUGCCAAGUUCCCUUCUUGGCUGUAGCCAAGGUCCUAUUAUCCAUCCAUGUUCAUAAA